AGAGCCCAGAUGGUGAUAUCAUUGAUUGCAUCCAUAUUUCUCACCAACCAGCUUUUGAUCAUCAUCAUAUCAAGAACCACACAAUUCAGAUGAGGCCAAGUUACCAUCCAGAAGGGCUGUUUAAGGAUGGAGAGGUAAGCACAGAAAAGGAGGGUGGGAAUGAUGAGUCAAACCUUAUUCCUCAGCUUUGGCAUUUGAAUGGGAGGUGUCCAGAAGGAACAAUUCCAGUUAGAAGGACAAAAAAAGAAGACCUUUUGAGAGUGAGCUCUAUGAAGAGCUACGGAAAAAAGAUGCUGAAAGGUGUUCCUAAACCCAGGUCUGCUGAACCUGAUUUCAUUUCCCAGAAUGGACACCAG